GCUACCGCUGCCACGAAACCUACCACAUCCUCUCAUUUGACCAACGAAUUUUUGGCAGCUUCUGCUGAAAUGGAAAACUGUGGAGACAUCCAAGUGAAAGAGCUGAAGAAGUGUAAUUCAGGUCAGGCGUUUGAGGUCAUCCUGAGCCCCUCAACUCCCGACGCCAAGGUGGAAUUUCCACUGUCCCCUCUUAAAAGGAAGGAAAUGUCAAUCGAUGACAUUAAGAAGAAACUGGAGGCUGCUGAAGAGAGACGCAAGAGCUACGAGGCUGAAGUACUGAAACACUUGGCUGAGAAACGAGAGCACGGGAAGGAAGUCAUUCAGAAGGCCAUCGAGGGAAACUGCAACUUUAGCAAGAUGGUGAGACAGAAACUGAAUCAGCAGAUGGAAGCAUAUCAGGAGAACCGCAGCGCACGGAUGGCAGCUCUCAACGAGAAGUUCAAGGAGAAGAACAAGAAGCUGGAAGAAGUGAGGAAGAACAAGGAGGCGCAGAAAGGACUAUUAAUUUGAUAUAACCUAGAAAACAGUUUUUACAUCUCUAAAGAUUUUGCUAUAUUUUUUUUAUCUGAUGUUUUCACAACUAUUCUUUCUUAUCUUUCUUACACUCAUGGAUAAACCUUUUCCCUC